AUGGCCUCCAUAUUCAUACCAGUAGAAACUUAUCUUCCUAUCACUCUCUUGCUUCUUGUUCCAGCUUUUUUACUUCUCAUCCUCAAAAAAAAAUUCUCCAAAAAUCCAGUAAAACUUCCACCAGGUCCGAAACCGUGGCCUAUCAUAGGAAACCUAUCCCUUAUUGGUGACAACCCACAUGUCUCAUUCGCCCAAAUUUCCAAGACUUAUGGCCCUCUCAUUUCCGUCCGUCUUGGAAGUCAACUUGUGGUUGUCGGCUCCUCCCCGGCUGCUGCAGCUGCCAUACUUAAGACCCACGACAGGGAACUCUCAGGGAGGCACGUGCCAUGUGUCUCAUUCGCACGAGAGCCUAAGUACAAUCGGGACUCAAUUGCUUGGACCUUCGAGUGCACUGAAGAGUGGAAGAAUUUCCGAGCCCUCAUGAAAAAUGAGCUUUUCGGGUCAAAAAUCGUUGAUAGCCAGUUCCAUAUAAGAGAAAAAAAGAUUGGUGAACUGGUGGAGUUUCUGGGUUCAAAGGAAGGACAAAAGGUGCAAAUUCGGGAAGUCUUGUUUGUUACCACGUUUAACUCCUUGUCAAAUAUUUACUUAUCAAAAGAUUUCCUAGCUUUUGACUCUUUUUUACUUCUCAUCCUCAAAAGAAAAUUCUCCAAAAUUCCAGUAAAACUUCCACCAGGUCCGAAACCGUGGCCUAUCAUAGGAAACCUAUCCCUUAUUGGUGACAACCCACAUGUCUCAUUCGCCCAAAUUUCCAAGACUUAUGGCCCUCUCAUUUCCGUCCGUCUUGGAAGUCAACUUGUGGUUGUCGGCUCCUCCCCGGAUGCUGCAGCUGCCAUACUUAAGACCCACGACAGGGAAAAUUUCAGGCAGGCACGUGCCAUGUGUCUCAUUCGCACGAGAGCCUAA